AUGUUGAGUCCCGCAACAUCUUCACACUGUAAACACUUCCUUUCUCUCCAGCAGGCUUUGUUGGCGGUGGCGCUGGUGGGCGGAGCGGCGCCCCUCCCCUCAGACCUUUUCAAAACACCAAAGCAUCAACAAGUCUACGAGGAGGCAGCAUCGCCAAAGGAUCAGCCCACCUUCGAGGAGACAGCAUCGCCAAGGUAUCAACAGAUCUACGAGGAGACAGCAUCGCCACGGCACCAGCAGGCCUACGAGGAGGGGGCAACGCUGCCGGAUCAUCAACAAGCCUACGAAGAAACAGCAUCGCCAAGGUAUCAACAAAUCUACGAGGAUGCAGCAUCGCCAAAGUUUCAACGGAUUUACGAGCAGGCAAGCGAACCCAAGUAUCAGGUUUACAAGGAGGAGCCCGUUCCCUAUAACUACGCCUACGGUGUUCGUGACGACUACGCUGGCACUGACUUCGGCCACAAUGAGAUCUCAGACGGCGCAACGGUCACAGGAUCUUACACAGUCCAGCUUCCUGAUGGCCGCAAGCAGACGGUGACCUACGUGGCUGACCACUACAACGGCUACCAGGCAAAGGUCACCUACGAGGGGGAGGCCCAGUACCCCCAUGAGUACGGCCCCCCCGUCACCUUCCCGCCCCAAGGCUACGGUCCCCCUCAGCCGACGUACAAACCCCAGCCUGUUUACAAGCCCCUGCGCCCUUAUUAAUAGUGUGACUCAAUGAAAACCAACGUACGGUAUGAAAUCUCUAGUAUUUAUUGUUAAGUGUUAUUGUUAUUACUUGUUAUUGUUAAACUCUUAUUGUAUUUUGUUAAAGAAAGCAUCAUAUGACA